UUUGAAGCACCUUGUAAUUUUUAUCUUGAGAGGACCUUUUGAAAAAAUGGCUUCUGCUUUUAAUCUUUUUUCUUUGCUGCUCUCAGGCUUGUGGAGGAAGUGAAGCUUUGUGCCAGUAGCUGUCAGCUGCAAAAUGAAGAUGUCUACAUGAACACCACCUUCCAGGAUUUCAUGCAGAUGUGUGUCAGGAAGCUCAGAGGGGAGGACAAUGACGAAGAGCUUAUUGUUGACUAUGUGGAAAAGGAAAUUAACAAAAUGACUGUAAUGAUGCCCCACCAGCUCUUCAUCAAGGGAGAGUUUGUUGAUGCAGAGGGAGGAAAGACCUACAAGACCAUUAACCCCACUGAUGGCACGGUGAUAUGUGAUGUGUCCCUAGCCCAGACAAGUGAUGUUAACAAGGCAGUGGCUGCUGCUAAAGAGGCAUUUGAAGAGGGAGAGUGGGGCAAGAUGAACCCAAGAGACCGAGGUCGACUCAUCUACAAGCUGGCUGAUCUGAUGGAGCAGCACCAGGAGGAGCUUGCUACUAUUGAAGCCAUUGACUCUGGAGCUGUUUACACUUUGGCUCUCAAGACUCAUGUGGGCAUGUCUAUUCAGACGUUUCGCUACUUUGCUGGCUGGUGUGACAAGAUCCAAGGCAGUACCAUUCCUAUCAACCAGGCCAGGCCUAAUCGGAAUCUCACUUUUACCAAGAAGGAACCAAUCGGAGUGUGUGCCAUCGUGAUUCCCUGGAAUUAUCCCCUGAUGAUGCUGGCCUGGAAAGCCGCAGCCUGCCUGGCAGCUGGAAACACCAUGGUGCUCAAACCUGCUCAGGUGACUCCACUUACAGCACUGAAAUUUGCUGAAUUGGCAGCAAAAGCAGGACUGCCUAAAGGUGUUAUUAAUAUUCUACCUGGAUCAGGAGCUCUGGUGGGGCAGUGCUUGUCUGACCAUCCGGACGUACGAAAACUGGGCUUCACAGGUUCUACUGAAGUCGGUAAACACAUCAUGAAAAGCUGUGCUGUCAGCAACAUUAAGAAAGUCUCUUUGGAGCUUGGAGGAAAAUCCCCCCUCAUCAUCUGCAGUGACUGUGACAUGGACAAGGCCGUACGCAUGGGCAUGAGCUCGGUGUUCUUCAAUAAAGGAGAGAACUGCAUCGCUGCUGGCAGGCUGUUUGUGGAGGACUCCAUCCAUGACCAGUUUUUAGUCAAAGUGGUUGAAGAGGUCAAAAAGAUGAAGAUUGGUGAUCCUUUGGACCGCUCCACAGACCACGGCCCUCAGAAUCACAAAGCACAUCUGGACAAAUUGGUGGAAUAUUGUCAGAUUGGUGUAAAAGAGGGAGCCACUCUAGUCUGUGGAGGCAAGCAAGUGCAGCGCCCAGGUUUCUUCUUCGAGCCCACGGUGUUUACCGAUGUCCAAGACCACAUGUACAUUGCUAAAGAAGAGUCAUUUGGACCAGUUAUGAUCAUUUCCAAGUUCAAGAGUGGUGAUGUAGAUGAUGUCCUGAGGAGGGCCAAUGCCACAGAGUAUGGCCUAGCAUCGGGAGUUUUCACACAGGACAUCAGCAAAGCUCUCUACAUCAGUGAGAGACUAGAAGCUGGCACUGUUUUUGUUAACACCUACAACAAGACAGAUGUGGCUGCUCCCUUUGGAGGCUUCAAGCAGUCUGGAUUUGGCAAAGACUUGGGGCAAGAGGCUCUCGGUGAAUACCUGAAGACAAAGACGGUGACCAUCGAGUAUUAGCUCGUCCCCUAGAGGACGGCGAAGUGAGACGGCACGGAGACUAGAGGCAGAGGAAGUGACACUACCGUACAUGCCUCAACACAGUAGUUAAUAUUAACCUGUUUCAUAGGGAUGUGUCGGUGAAAUUCUGGUGAUACGAUACGAUGGAAAUCAUUUCAACAGCUUCUAAAAGUUUUACAACCUAACAUCCUCAACACUUGCUGCUGAUGAAUAAAAACUACUGAGCUCACA